AUGUCACUGGAUACCUAUGUCAAGGGCGUAAAGUGCUGGUUCACAGAUGACAAGGAGGGCUGGAUCAGUGCUACGCUGAACACACAGGAUGUCGCCGCUGAUGGAAAGGUCACCAUGACCUUUGUGGACGAUAAUGGAAAGGACCAUGUCUUCUCGUCCACACUCACCAAGAUCCAAGAUUCCAACAAUGCCAUCCUCCCACCCAUGCGUAACCCUCCCCUUUUGGAGGGCACAGAGGAUUUGACGAAUCUUUCAUAUCUGAACGAACCAGCAGUCUUGAGCAACAUCAGAACGCGUUACUCGCACUGCAACAUCUACACAUACUCCGGAAUUGUCCUGAUCGCAGCCAAUCCUUUCGCACGUGUCAACCUCUACACUCAAGAUAUCAUCCAGGCCUACUCUGGAAGGAGACGCGGUGAGCUAGAGCCCCAUUUGUUCGCCAUCGCCGAGGAUGCAUACCGUUGCAUGAUCCGCGACGAAAAGAACCAGACUAUUGUCGUUUCCGGAGAGAGUGGUGCCGGUAAGACUGUUAGCGCAAAGUUCAUCAUGCGUUACUUUGCUACCGCCGACGACAGCGAACGUGGUGUCGAUGCCUCCAAGACCGGGAUGAGCGAGACCGAAGAGCAGAUCUUGGCCACCAAUCCAAUUAUGGAAGCCUUCGGUAACGCCAAGACGACCCGUAACGACAAUUCGUCCCGUUUCGGUAAAUUCACAGAGAUCCAGUUCGACAAGGAGCGUAACAUUAUCGGAGCCAAGAUCAGAACCUAUCUCCUGGAGCGAUCCCGUCUGGUUUACCAGCCUGAGCAUGAGCGAAACUACCAUAUCUUCUACCAGCUCGUCGCUGGUGCGCCCCCCUCAGAGAAGAAGGAACUUGACCUCCAGUCAAUCCAACAGUUCAGCUACUUGAAUCAGGGCGGCGUCCAGACCAUCAACGGUGUCGACGAUGCUGCCGAAUUCGAGAUUACACAACGCGCUCUCUCGACGAUCGGUAUCUCUGUUCAGGCGCAGUGGGACAUUUUCCGCCUCUUGGCUGCUCUUAUUCACAUCGGUAACAUUCAAGUCACCGGUCGUACCGACGCCAUAAUUGCCGAUGAAGAUCCUUCCUUGAUCACCGCUACCCGUGUCCUCGGCAUUCCUCUCACAGAGUUUAAGAAGUGGCUAGUCAAGAAGCAGAUCACGACUCGCUCUGAGAAGAUCGUCUCCUCCCUGAAGCCCGAGCAGAGUUUGAUCGUCCGUGACUCUGUAGCCAAGUAUAUCUAUUCAUCUCUGUUUGACUGGCUGGUCAACAACAUUAACUCCAGUCUUUCCAGCGAAGCCGUCGCCAGCAGAAUCCACUCUUUCAUUGGUGUGCUCGAUAUUUAUGGUUUCGAGCACUUCAAGAAGAACUCGUUCGAGCAGUUCUGUAUUAACUAUGCCAACGAGAAGUUGCAGCAGGAAUUCAACCAGCACGUCUUCAAGCUGGAGCAGGAAGAGUACGUCCGUGAAAAGAUCGACUGGAAGUUCAUUGAGUUCAGUGAUAAUCAGCCAUGUAUCGAGAUGAUCGAGGGCAAGCUGGGAGUCCUGUCGCUCCUGGACGAGGAAUCCCGUAUGCCCGGUGGUUCCGACCAGAGCUGGUGCAACAAGCUCUUCUCCCAGCUCGGUACUGAGAAGCAUAAGAAGUGGUUCACCAAGCCUCGAUUCUCCAACUCUGCCUUCACUAUCUCGCAUUAUGCCCACGAUGUCACCUACGACUGCGAUGGAUUCCUCGAAAAGAAUCGCGAUACCCUUCCUGACGAGUUGUUGAACCUGAUCAAGAACUCUGACAACGAAUUCUUGGAGGAGGUUCUCAUGACGAGUGCUACUCUCGGUGCUGGUGGAAGCUUGACGGAGGAUAAGCGCAAGAGUGUUAUCAACAGAAAGCCUACUCUCGGUUCGAUCUUCAAGGGCUCGCUCAUUCAGCUCAUGGACACGAUCAACUCGACCAAUGUCCACUACAUUCGCUGUCUCAAGCCCAAUGAGGCCAAGCAGCCAUGGGCCUUCGAUGCUCCUAUGGUCUUGGGCCAGCUGCGUGCUUGUGGUGUGUUGGAGACGAUUCGUAUCAGUUGUGCCGGCUACCCCUCGCGCUGGUCCUUUGAAGAAUUUGUGGAGCGUUACUACAUGCUGGUCAACUCUGAGCAUUGGGGCUUUGACACGCAAAAGAUGUGUUCUGCCAUUCUUGAGGCUACCAUCAAGGAGGCCGACAAGUAUCAGGUUGGUCUUACCAAGAUCUUCUUCCGCGCUGGUCUCCUGGCCUAUAUGGAAAAGUUGCGUACCGACAAGUUGAACGCGUACGCGACUCUGAUCCAGAAGAACACACGCCGCUUCAUCUGCCAGAGGAAGUACCUGCGCCAGCGCAGUGCUGCCAUCAAGAUCCAGAGUUUCGCUCGCAAGGUCAAUGCACAGAAGGAAGUCCGUGCUCUCCGCGAGGAACGCUCUGCCGUCAUGCUGCAGACCUUCCUGCGCGGUUACGUUCAGCGCAAGAAGUACGUCGAGGCUCGCAACCAUGUCCUUCGUCUGCAAUGCCUCAUCCGCGCCAAGCAGGCCCGUCUUGCAUUCCAGCAAAUGCGCGAGACCAAUGGCGCGACCAAGAUCCAACAGAUCUGGCGCGGUAUGCAGGCGCGUGCCCAAUACAAGAAGGAGGUCCACGCAAUUGUGUUGGUGCAGUCGUGCGUCCGCAGGAACAAGGCCCGCAAGAUGCUCCUGGAGCUCAAGGCCGAGGCACGCUCGGUGAACCACCUGAAGGAAGUCUCGUAUCGCCUCGAGGGAAAAGUGGUGGAGCUGACGCGGGCUUUGGAUCUGGCGCAUCAGCAGAACAAAACUUUCGAUUCCCAGGUGGCCAGCCUCGAAAAUCAGGUCCGAUUGUGGAAAGAAAAGUACGAAUUAUCACAACAGUCCAAGUCGAAGGAAAUUGCCCUUGCUGCGGAGAACCCUACUGUGCCCAAGAACGAGUUCGAGACAUUGAAGGCCGCGAACGUGGAGCUGCAGUCCAAGUACAACGAAUCGGUCGAGAAGGUCCGGACGCUGGAUCAAGAGAUUACCAAGCUGACAGAAUCCCUCGCAAAGACCAAAGAAGAAAUUCAGAAGCUGGCCGCGCAAGCGAAGGUCAAGCCCGAGGAUUCGGAAACGGUGACAGCCUUGAGACGCGAAAAUCAAUACGUCCGCGAGCAGUUAGCACAGCUGUCAAAGGCUACUGGUCGCGACACUUCAAGUUUCCCAGUCACGUCGAAAGGUCUGGCUCCUCCUACGAGCAACGGCGCCACUCAGUCGCACACGGCGUCGUCGAUGCAUAACCAGCUGGCUCAGGGCACGAUCGACAAGUACGAGAACUCUUACUCGUUUGCAAAGGAAGUUCCCCACAAGAUCGUUACUACCCUCCCUCCUGCUGUGCCUAUUCCUUAUCACGCGAACGGCACCAAGCUCCCACCGGCUCCCAAGCUCCGCAACCGCAGCAACAGCACGCCCGAUAUUGCUGCUCUUGAGAAUGGUGUUCUCUUCAAGCCCCAGAAGACGACCAACAGCGUCUUUGAUAACCUGGAUAACCAUAGCCGUACUGCCAAGACCAUGUCCGGCGACGACUGGUCUCGCCGUGUCAACCGUUCUCGUCCAAGCAUUCACAGCUUGAUCGAGCAGCCUGAGGUCGAGAUCAUGCGCAUCCUCGAGGACGAGGAGGGUCUGCAGGAGGAGGUCUUGAACGGACUGAUCAAGAACAUGAAGAUCCCUUCGCCCAGCUUGUCGAACCUGCCCCAGAUCAAGGAGAUAAUGUUCCCAGCCCACAUGAUCGGUCUCUUGACGACGCAGAUGUGGAAGUACGGAUACAUCAAGGAGUCGGAGCGCCUGAUGAUCAAUGUGAUGCAGGCGAUCCAGCAGCAGUCGAUGGCGAUUGUUGGCGACGAUACUAUCAUCCCCUGUGCCUACUGGCUCUCGAACGUGCACGAGCUGUUGUCGUUGAUUUGCAUUGGCGAACAGGAGAUCACCCGCGAGGAGCUGACGGCGCGCUGCGGAGAGGACUAUGACUGGAUCGAGUACGAGCAGUUGGUGUCGACAGUCAAGUACGAACUCGAGUGCCUGGAGUACAACAUCUUCCACGUCUGGAUGAAGUCACUCAAGAAGCAGCUCAACAAGAUGAUCAUCCCCGCGAUCAUCGAAAGCCAGGCCCUUCCUGGAUUCAUCACCAAUGACUCUGGUCGGUUCUUCAACAAGUUGAUCGGAUCCGCACCGACCUUCAGCAUGGAUGAUCUCCUGAUGCUGUUCAACAAGAUCUGGAAAGCGAUGAGCUGCUACUAUGUUGAGCACACAGUCGUCCGCCAGGUAAUGACGGAGCUUUUGAAGAUGGUCGGAGUCACUGGUUUCAACGACCUGUUGAUGCGCCGCAACUUCUGCACAUGGAAGCGUGCGAUGCAGAUCCAGUACAACAUCACGCGCAUUGAGGAGUGGUGCAAGGGACACGAUCUGCCCGAGGGCACUUUGCAGCUGGAGCACCUGAUGCAGGCGACGAAGCUGUUGCAGUUGAAGAAGGCAUCGCACAACGAUAUCGAGAUCAUCUACGAUGUCUGCUGGAUGUUGACGCCAACACAGGUGCAGAAGCUGGUGCAGAACUACAUGAUUGCGGACUAUGAGGUGCCCGUGAGUCCGGAUCUGAUCAAGGCGAUCGCCAUGCGUGUGGCCGCCAACGAGAAGAACGAUACCCUGAUGCUGGAUGCCAUCUCGCUCGAGGAUGCCGGCUCAUUCGAGACACCGGAGAUCCGUGACGUUGAGAUGGAUUCCGAACGGUUCUUGCCACCCUGGAUCGGCAACUUGACCCGACUCAAGUCGUUGAUGCACUUGGUCGUCGUUUAA